AUGGUCCCUCCACCGCGCUUUACCCCCCUCACCCACGUGAAUCUCAGUCGGGCGGCGGCCCCUCGGCCUACCGCGACAACAGCAACAGCUACUAAGAGAUCCGGCUCCCCUGCUUCCCCCUCGUCGGCGAUCUUCCGUCAACAGUGCUGCAGUACCAGCAGCAGAGCUCUCGCAACCCUCUCGCCGCACAAUCGACCCUCCUUGCCACAGACCUUCUCCUCCGGCCCCGGGUCGCAGCACUUCCAUUCCUCGAUCGCUAUGUCGACUUCCAUGCCGGCCACCCACGGCCACAGUGAGGCUUGCUGUAACAUCCCCCCCGUCGUCGCCGACGGAUACAUCCCGAAAGGAUCGUACGAACAGCACGGCGGUCUCAAGACAUACGUGACCGGUCCUGCCGACGCCACAAAAGGCAUCAUCUCCAUCUUUGAUAUCUUCGGCUACUUCAACCAAACGCUCCAGGGCGCCGACAUCCUCGCCACGGGGGAUGCGCAGCGGCAGUACAAGCUCUUCAUGCCGGAUUGGUUCAAGAGGAACCCGUGUCCUAUCGAGUGGUACCCCCCGGACACCGAGGAGAAGCAAAAGAAUCUCCGCAACUGGUUCGGUCAGCACGCCCCUAAUAGCGUGGCCGAUGCAUUGCCCGAGUAUGUGCGGGCGGUGCAAGCGGCGAACCCUUCCAUUCAAUCCUGGGGAUUGAUUGGGUUCUGCUGGGGCGGCAAAGUGACCGAGCUCAUCACCUCCAACCCUUCCAUUAACCCCUUCCGCAUCGCCGCCACCGCCCACCCAGCCAUGAUCGAUCCGGCCGGCGCGGCGCAGAUCGCCGUGCCCUAUAUCCUCCUGGCUUCGUCGGAAGAGCGCGCGGAGACGGUCCAAGCCUUCGAGCAGGGCCUUCAGGUGCCGCACCACGUCGAGACCUUCGGCGACCAGGUGCAUGGGUGGAUGGCUGCGCGCGCGGAUCUGCGCGAUCCCCGGGUCCGGGAGGAGUACCUGCGCGGAUACCGGACGGUGCUGAAGUUCUUUGAGGAGCAUUGGGAUUGA